CCACGUCCUUGCAUCCUUGUGUUCCGCUUCUCAAUUUCCUCGCGAUCUGUUGGACUUGACAGCUUUCUCUCACCUCCCUUGCCAUCGUUCUUCUAAUAACUGUGCGGGCAAGCAGAGAUAAGACGGGUUGAGUGUGCUGGCUGGUGUUGCUGCGGCAGUGCGGGUAAGGUACGGAGUGCCAACGACUGAUAGCAGCGAGGAAUACCGCGGCCGCUAUGGCGGGUGAACAUGUUCGUCGAGGUGGGCGACAAGGAAGCGCUACUGAAUGCUGUGCUAAGGUUGUCGCACAGUUGGCGAUCAUCGCGGUGUUAGUGCUAUUAACCUCAGUGCCUGCGGCUUGUGGCUACGGCGUGACGGAGUUCAUGAGAGACUACAACAACCCGAGUGUGUCACGCAUCCAGGUGAAGGGCGACGUUAUCCUCACGUCCGACCUGCCGCCCCUGGAUCGCAACCUGACGAUCGUGGGCGUGGGACGCAAACGUCCCGUGAUCGACGGUCAGAACAAGUACAGCGGAAUCGAUACCAGCGACGUGCUGGUGGUGAGGAACGUGGAGUUCAGGAACUUCGUCACCCGCAGGUGGCGUGGCGGCGCUGCAAUCCUGUCGUCUGGGGACAACAACAAGUUUGAGAGCUGUGUGUUUCGAAACAACAGGGCGAUGUUGAACAACAGCGAUAGCGACUCCGACUACGGGAACGGCGGCGCAAUCUACUUCUAUAGCAACACCUGGAGAAUUACAAAGUGUCAGUUCUUAGGCAACCGGGCAGAUUGGUACGGAGGCGCCGUGUACACGCUGGGUGAGAGCAGCGGCACGGUCUCUGGCAGCGUGUUCAAGGACAACUACUCCAAGGCUAGAGGCGGCGCCAUCACCUUCCGGGGCUCGUUCGCGCGGAUCGACAAAUGUACCUUCGAAGGCAACAAGGAGGAUGGGGAAGGCGGCGGAGCUCUGUCCUGCUCCAGAUCGGGUUGCCACAUCUCGAAUAACGCCUUCCGGAACAACGUGGCCAAGGGAGACGGCGGCGCAAUCCGUUUCUUUGCUGAUGACGAGGGAGGGUUCGGGGUUCUGUGCAAAGGAAACACCUUCUCUGGCAACCGGGCGACGAACAGCUCGAGCAGCAACCUGUUCGUCUCGGCGACAGAGGACGCUGGAUUGUCUUGGAGUUUCUGCGCCAAGGCACCGCCCCAGACGGUCAUCGAUGCACCCAAGAACGCAACCCAGAGCGGCAAUUGUCGCGGAUGCCCAAAGUGAGACACGAACCGCUAUUAUUCCGGCCCGCGCCAAACUCUGCGCAACUGAAACCUGGGGAUUCUUGGGACUCACUCACUCGCUCGUUUGUCGCUGCAGUACUGAGUGCCAGUGAGUGGGUGUGUGUUUAGCUCGUUAAUAAACAGUAGUCGUAAUAUUGAUUGGCAUGAUGCCGCUGGAUUUCCAAAUGGCAUUUGGGCUUCCCCGCUCUUUACUUUCGAGUGCGGGAGCGCCUAUCCGGUCUCCCGCUCGAGUGGAAGGUAUAAGUUUUGCAUUGAGCCGGUGAAUGACCUAUAUCACCUCGGAUCGGCGUAAUGUGGCGGGUUGAAUGCAUGUUUUUUUUUAGUAUGUCGAGUAGGUAGGAGAAGGACUCGAGAGAAUAUCCAGUUACCUGUCACGACGUGCGCUGGGAGAGAAGGAACUAGCAAACGUUGCUCUCUCUCUCUCUCUCUCUCUCUCUCUCUCUCUCUCUCUCUCUCUCUCUCUCUCUCUCUCUCUCUCUCUCUCUCUCUUUUCCCGUAUGUACGACUCGCCGACGCUCCGACAUGGCGAUAUUCUUCUGUGCCAAAUCUUUGCGCCGUCAAGUCGAAUGACGGUCUUCGUCCUGCCUUGCUUUGGAAAUCGAAUCCUAGCUCAGCGAUUCCCAUGUAUAUACUCAUUCUUGUGGCUUCGUGGCAUUGGUGGAACGACGAUCAUAUGAUGAUCUUCCGGUCUGUAUUCAACGCUUUCGUUUUCGGCUCGCUUCCGUGUGAAACGCAUCGCAGCAAGUCGUUCUAGAGACUAGAACCGCCGCCCAAGUUUGUGCGCGUGAUUUUGAUGAACACCAGUGACAUCAUGCUGAGUUUCAUCGUAUAAAGCUGGAUGAAUUAUUCGAUUGAAAAUAAAAUAAAAUCUCAGAUUUGUC